AUGGUCUCAUGUGGAGAAUCCUCCUGGGUUCUUAAUGGUUGGCAAACAUCUAUCUUUCCACUCACUUAUCACGGCUUAAACCAAGUUGUUUUGGAACAACCUCUUCGGACAAAGAAACUAGAACAGUUCCUCGGCGUCCUCCAAAAAUUGUCCCGCUUGCUCGUCGUACUGUCUAUAGCGGUGGAUUACUUUUGGACAAAGUUAAUACUUUAUUAA